AUGUCUCACUUUCGCCAGGGUAUUCGCGAGCUGAUUCAAGAAGAGUUUGCCAUCUGCGGAGUCGAAGAAUACCUCUCAUCGUACUUGCCGUUCGACGUCAACGAUUCUGAUGUUGGCAACGUGGUGCAAUUGCUCUCUAAGACGGCAAGCAACUCCCCAAUCUCAACGAAUUCUGUCGCAGAAUUCAGCGAUACCGAUUUCCCAAUACUCGACACGCCGACGUCGCACGAACACCUCGCCUCGCUAGCUGAAGCAAUAGCCUCUUGCAUGCCCCAGGGCCGAUCUCGCAACGGAUUCACACUUUGCGUACGUCCUAAUAUCUCCCUUGGACCGCCAGCCUCGAACUCGAACAGCAAGAUCGACGGAUGCUUCACAUCAGAAGGUCCCCGUGUCAGCAGGCUGACGGUGUCCAGCGCCGCAUGCGUCUUGAUGUUCACGCUAGAUCCUACCAAGGAAGUUGAAAAUAAUAUCGAAGGAGUUGCCGCAAGUAUUCAAAUCAUGAACGACGAUGCUCGCCGGAUGUUCACAUAUGGGAUUACGAUUGUUGAAGAUCGUGUUACUCUAUGGUAUCAUUCUCGGUCGCACUCGAUGAUUUCAGAGCCCUUCAGUUUUGUAAAAAACCCACGACUCCUGAUCAAAGUGUUCAUGUCCUUCUUGUUCGCCACGGAGGAAGAGCUGGGCUAUGACCCGAUGGUCACGCGAGACGCGAAAGGGGACUACAUAUACAGAAUCCCCUCUACCGAAGAGGGACAACAACGCGACCGUUUCUUCCGCACUACUGCUUCCAUCGCCGAGUAUCGUUCGAACAAUAUCACUGGUCGUAUGGCUCGGGUGUGGAAGGUGGUCGAAUGCAAUCCGAGUGGCGCUGUGUUAUCGCCCAGCGAGCCUUCCCGUGUAUUGAAGGAUGUCUGGCUGGAGGAUUCGGCACUUACUGAGUCGCAGAUUCAGUCGCAGAUCUUCGCGGACCUCAAGAAGUUCUUUGUUGACAAACAAGACGCGCGAUAUCUUGCCUUCGAGAAGUUGCAGCCUUCACUCAGUGAAUUGGAGCAUGAGGACAGAUACGAGAAGUAUUUUAUCAAAAUCAUGACGGAUUACGAAGGCAAACGGACUAAACCACUCCUUCCCAAUUCACAAAGGAUGCGCAGGCUCUUCACCACUAUCAAACCGUUAGCGCUUCCGACGACAGCACAUCGGGGUGGUAGCGGGACUCCCCGCCCACUCGAAAGCAAGGACGCUUUGGAUGAAACUCCUCGUGAGUUUGCGCCGAGGAAGCAAUAUCGGGUCGUCUUUGGGGAGGUAUGCGAGGCUGUGGGUGACCUUAGAACCGUAGGCGAGGUUGCGGACGUCCUCAGUCAGGCAGUCGUUGCGCUUCGCCUGAUGUAUUGUGCUGGAUGGGUGCAUCGAGAUAUUAGCUCUGGCAACAUUCUGGCUCAUCCCAGCGGCGGGGCGUGGCAAGUUAAGUUGUCUGACCUGGAGUACUCCAGGCGGUUCUCCUUUGAUCUGGAGCAUGAUGUAGGCAGAGACCCGAAGACGGGUACUCCGUACUUCAUGCCUCACGAAAUUCUCCAGUCUCACUACCUGGAAUUCCCUACAUUACCCCCGCGGGAUACGACGAUUGACUUCGCCACGUUUACGAAGAGCGUGGCUCCCGAUGCAGCCCAAAUGCCACUUGUCUACAACUUCCAACAUGACUUGGAGUCCAUCUGGUGGAUUUUCCUUUGGACAGUAACCUGCCGAGUUUCCCAUACACCUUCAAUAGUGUACGGCCAAGACAUCUUCAAGAACACUAUGCAACUUUCAUCUGAGAGAUUGAAGUGCCUUCUUUACCCGAUCAAGCCAUCCCUCCUGGCCUGCUUGCCGUCACCACUACAGCAGUUGGCAGCGCCCUUAGAGAAAUUGAGGGGAUUCAUGGUGGAUGCCUACAUGUACCAUCAUAAGGAUCAGGAUUGGGCCGACCUCUCAUCCUACAUUCACAUUCAUAACGUUUUCCACGCGUUCUUCCCAGCAAUCGGCCUGUCUCGAGCAAAUUGGGGUGGUACCGCAUUGAUGACCAGCCAUCAGCCUAUCGCCAGUUUGGUACCGCCAACCUCCACAAUGUCGUAG